UUCAAGAUGGCGGAAGCCCUGACAACUCAGGAGCAGCUGGUUGUGGAGGAGUUCCUGAGUGAGGUGCGUAGCCGGGAGCAGCCUCACAGUGCUGGGCUCGUCUCCCAACCUACAGCUGUUAAGUUUCUCAUGGCCCGCAAAUUUGACGUCUCCAGAGCCAUCGACCUCUUCCAAGCAUACAAGAACACAAGAAUCAAAGAGGGGAUCAUCAAUAUCAACCCUGACGAGGAGCCCCUACGCUCUGAGUUGCUGAGUGGAAAAUUUACAGUCCUGCCUGGGCGUGAUGCGAAGGGUGCUGCUCUAGCGCUCUUCACUGCUCGUCUCCAUCGGCCAGACGUCACCACCCACAAAGCUGUGCUGCAGGCCAUCAUCUAUCAGCUGGACAAAGCCAUAGAGAGUCUGCAAACUCAGAGAGAUGGGCUCAUAUUUAUUUACGACAUGACCAACUCCAGCUAUGGGAAUUUUGACUAUGAGCUCUGUGUCAAGAUCCUCAAUUUGCUAAAGGGGGCAUUUCCAGCCCGUCUAAAAUGUGUCUUCAUUGUGUCAUCACCUCUUUGGUUUCGAGCACCAUUUGCGGUUCUCCGCCUUUUUGUACGCGAGAAGCUGAGAGAGAGGGUGUGCACUGUGAAAGCUCAUGAGUUGGCCAGUCACAUCCCAGUCUCCUCCCUCCCUGAACACCUGGGUGGGACAUCCCAGUAUAGCCAUGUGGCAUGGAUCCAGUCGUGUGUCAACGUACACACAAAUACUGUUCAGGGUGAUACACAAGUACAUGACACACACGACUGUGUGGGAAGCCUUCUGCGCUCUUACAGCUUGGAGUGCAGCAAUACAAGUGCUACACUGUCCCACACCCAUAUAAAUACACAGUUAGGUUCUGAGCUAGCUGUGGCUAACUCUAACUGCUACGACGAUAGCAAUGCCAACCCACACAACCACUGUGGUGUGGUGGAAGGCAGGACUCGAGGCCCAGGCCAGUACCAGCAGAGCCCACAUUCUGCUGCAAACAGGCCGCAGGGGAACCACCAACACUGGAACGGCUCAGCUGUGAGUGGGGCCAACAUGGCUGUUAGUGGCUCUAGCCCCAAUGCUAACAUGAAUGGUCGUGGCCGCCAAGCUCCUCCCCAGUCAGACACGCCCCCUGACACACCACUUUCCCAGAAAAGUGAUGGAGAUACAGAGGAUGGUGAGGAAACAGAAUCGGCCCAAAGAUCUCAGAAUGAGGAGGUGAAAGAGGUGGACGAGGAGGAGGGUGAGGAAGAGGAGGGAGUACCCCCGUUGCCCCAGAAGUCUUUGCCUCGACCACCCCACCAGCCUUGCUCCCAGUCCCCACCACUGUCCUCAUCAUGGGGUCCUGAUGACGAGGAGCACUGCAUGGAGGUGUCUGUUCACAUGCCAGAAACGGGAGGAAUGACAGUGCAUGAGCUGGUGGAGCAUGUGAAGAGGCAGAAGAAGAAGGGGAUCUAUCAGGAGUACGAGGAGAUCCGCAAGGAGCCGCCAGCAGGCACCUUUGACUACUCCAAGACACUGUCCAAUCAGAUAAAGAACAGGUACAGUGAUGUUCUCUGCCUGGACCAGUCACGAGUGCGACUCUGCCAGCUCUGUGAUGAUGACGAUGAGACAUCAGAUUACAUUAAUGCCAGUUUCAUGGACGGGUACAAGAGGAGCAACGCCUACAUUGCUACUCAGGGUCCUUUGCCAAAAACUUUUGGUGACUUCUGGCGUAUGGUGUGGGAGCAGAUGGUACUUAUCAUUGUCAUGACCACCAGGGUGGUGGAGCGUGGACGUGUCAAGUGUGGGCAAUACUGGCCUCUUGAGGAUGGCAGAGCUGAGCAGCAUGGAUACUUUUUGGUCAGGAACACUCAUAUCCAGGUGUUCCAGGACUUCAAACUCUCCCAUCUUGAGCUUUACAACACUCGAUCUGGUGAGAGACGGGAAGUGUGCCACUAUCUCUAUGUGAGCUGGCCAGACUUUGGGGUGCCCAAGAGUGCUUCUGCCAUGUUGGACUUCCGUGAGCAUGUACUUCAAAGGCGGGACGCUGCAGUCCAGAGUCUGGGCUCCAGUUGGACAGGGCCCCCAGGAGGGCCUCCUGUGGUUGUACACUGCAGUGCCGGCAUCGGCCGCACAGGCACAUUUUGUACGCUGGACAUCUGCCUGUCCCGGCUGGAGGACAUUGGUACAGUAGAUGUCCGUCAGACAGUGAGGCGGAUGCGUACACAAAGGGCUUUCAGCAUCCAGACCUGGGACCAGUACUACUUCUGCUACACAGCAGUCAUCGAGUACGCCCAGCGCCAUGGGAAACUGAGCCCAGUGCAUUGGUCUGACUCAGACCUGGAGACUGACAGCGAGUGAGAGACACAUGGAGAGAUAGAAAAACGAAUGGGAUAGCCAACCUAAGCCAAUGUCAUAGGAAUGAAAGAUUGUGGAGUGGAGUAAAGGAGGGAGAUGCCUCUUCUGCCAUAAGAGAGAAGAGACAAAGGAUGGAGAUCUUGUUUUGACUCUAGUUGUAAUGACACAGACUCCCACAGUUGCUCUUCCUUCAGAUAAAUGAAUAGACAGAGGGAGAGGUGAAGAGCUUUAGAAAAAAAAUACAGGGAGUGGAGACUGUGCAUUGCGUCUCUGACUGAGAAAGCUGUCCUGCCAAUUUCCGAGCCCCUUUUUAUUUAGCAAACUACAGGGGAACUUGGCAUGCCCUGAACCUGUCUUGUUGACAAGAGCGUUGUACGAGUUGUAGCAUUUUUAUAUUGACUUGCACAUGAGGAAUGACAAACUUGAACUUUACCCCUUGAAGCCCUCCAAACCCGUCUUUGUUCCGUUUUUGUAUUACCUGCUCCUUUUCAACCCUGAACAAGUCUGUGAACACAGAUUAAUUGUGAGGGGUAUGAAAAGGGGAAAUCCUGAAAACAUCUUUUUUUUGUGUUACUUUUUUGACAGGAAAUGGUUCUGAGUGAGCAAAUGGUCAUAAAUGACAGUGGAUCUGUGUGUGUGUGUGUGUGUGUGUGUGUGUGUGUGUGUGUGUGUGUGUGUGUGUGUGUGUGUGUGUGUGUGUGUGUGUGUGUGUGUGUGUGUGUGUGUGUGUGUGUGUGUGUGUGUGUGUGUGUGUGUGUGUGUGUGUGUGUGUGUGUGAGCCAUUUAGUCCAUUUCUAGUUUUUAUUUUAUUUUCCAUGUCCUUUUUUUUUCUAUGGUGCAUUUUCUAUGUGUGUUUCAUAUUUGUGCAUAUGUAGACUAAAUUUCAAAGCCAAAGUCCUCACCCUGAAUGCUUGGAUGUACUCCUUACUGAGAUAUUAUAGACUGAAGCCCAUGUAUAUUCUUGUAACAUACAUUUAUACGUUAUUGUGCAUAAUAACAACCUCUGAAAGAAUAGCAAAAAAAGCCUUGUUUAAUAUAAUUGACUUAACCUUGAGAAGAAAUAUCUAUGUAGCGAGCCAGGCUAUGAAAACAUAUAGAGAAGAGUUCUGGUAUUAAAACUGAUCGUAUUGCCAGGUCUAACAUCAUCUUUACUGUUGGAGCGUUCUGAUUGGACGAUCUUAAGUAAUUUGGCCUUAACUUGAUUCACUGCCUCGUCGUUCUCAGACCUAAACCAUACCUGAAACUGUAAACUGUCUUAUCUCUUUUUUUCCUUACCUUUUCUGAUUCUUGCUCCCUUGAAACCACAACUGUUGUGUUUGAUUCUCGAGGCAUAUGCUGCCUCAGAUAAUUGUGCCUUCAAGUUUUCCUUCAAGCGUAAUGUCUCACAGUCCAGCUAGUGUAGUAAUAACACCCAAACUAGUGCACUUGCACAGUACAUGUUAACUGUGUCACACAGGACACCUACAUUUUGCCUAUAGUCCUGUACAUAGUACACUACUUCUGAAUAAUAUGAAAGUAGUGAGUUAGCUGGGACUAUAAGGCCUGGUUUGAGACAUGGCUAUUCUUUUAUCAUUUGACCUCAGGGGGUAAUUCUAGUGUUUUUUGCCUAGUGUCAAGGAUCCGUUUCUGGGUUUGCCUCUGGUAAAUUAUCAUUUAAAGAAAACUAUAUCAACUUUAUUUUGUAUUUUUUACUGUAUUGUAUCCUACUAUAUUUAUGUCUUUGUAAAACUUCAUUAUUGAAAUCAGUGAAUGUUGGUACGAUGCUACAAAGUAAACAAACCAGUUAUUGCAUUUGAUAAGCUGAACAAAUCAGAUGGGGAAUGAAAUAUAUUUUUUGUUGUUCCCAAUGAAAUUUGGUGUAAAAUGUCACUUGCCAUUGUAUUUUCAGAACUGACUUGUAUAAAUGAUGA